AGUUGUUCUACGCACGCCAACCAAACCUAUCUCUCUCCCUACUUACACAAACUCUCACAAACCCUUUCUAUCUCCCAUCUCCACACCGCACCGAAGCUGCUCUUCUUCUUCUUCUUCUUCUUCUCCCCCUCCAAUUUCCCGAUCGCCGGAGCAAUUCUCCUCCUUCGUUUCUCCGAUCAGCGGCAGGUUAGCCGGCAUGUGACUUGAGGCAGAAGAAGAGCUAGCUUGGACAUGGUUUUGGAUGGGAAGUGGAGAUAAUUAGGGGGAGAGGACGACGACAAUUAACUAUAUUAUGGGAGGCUGCUGCUGCUGUUCCUCCAAGGGAGCUGAACUUAAUUCCACUCCCGCCUACUACUAUGUCAGUAGCCCCCAAGGAAUUCUGUUCCGUUCGGGAUUGAGAUCGAAUUCGGGUCUUCUUUGAUGCGUUUCUUUUUGUCUAGUGGUGAUGCCACGGAACUAGUGUUUUGUGGAAUUGAGGUUAAUGGAGAUGCUAAAGGGCUAGUUUCUUUGUGUUGUUUCUGUAUUAGAAUUUCGCUUGGGAAUUGGGAUGAGAUACCCAAUUGGUACUAUCCUGGAAUGCAACAUGAGAUGGUGUACGAAUUAGGAUUAACAUGAGUUAGGCGAAGUUGAUAUUUGCUUUUGUUGCUAUUUCAUUAUCUCACGCAGUCAUCUAAUGUGGAUGGCUCGUUGUAUAUUUCGUUCUUAGGAUGGAGAAGGAUUCGGUUGUCUGGUUCUUACUUUUUUGCUGCAGUUGUAUGCUUAUUAUUAUUCCUCCUGUUGGUUAUAUGCAGUAUCCUAGAGCAGCAGAAGAGCGUAUCCCAUUAUCAGCUCACCAUGUUGCUGCCUCUACUUUCUCUUCUGGGCUCCUGGUUGAUACCAACCUAGACACUUCCGUUCCAGAUGCUUAUAGGGCCCCUCCAACACCCAUGCCAUUUGAUGUUGUUAUAGGGCGCCCACAAACUCCACCGGAAGCUCAAGAAACUUGUAGUGAUAAUAGGAGUGAUGGAACUCUCCAAACUGCAAAUUCUGGUACUGCUCAAGAAACACCCGGUGCUGGUACUCAAGAUGCAUCGGUGAAGUGUGAAGAUGCCAAGGAUUCAGAUAAAACAAAAGCAGGCUUAGAGAUUGAUCCAGUGGAGGAGUUAGAGGUAGAGAUCUCCAAGCCAGUUGGGCCUUUUGUUCCACCUACAGAGGAGGAGGAUUGUUGUCCGACAUGUCUCGAAGAGUACGAUGAUGAAAACCCGAGAAUCAUCACCAAAUGUGAACAUCAUUUUCACUUGGCGUGCAUUUUCGAAUGGAUGGAAAGAAGUGACACAUGCCCCGUUUGUGACAAGGAGAUGAUCUUCGAUCCUCCUAUUGAUUAGCACAGCUGUACAGAAUACUUGGAUAAAAGGCCCCACAAGUUAGCUGUUUUCACCUGAGUUUGAGAAUACAAGUGUUGCAAAUGCAUAGAAGUCUGGUUUCUCUUCUGUUUGUGUCAUUGUCCUGUGAUUGCGGCAGAAUAUCGGGCUGUGGCUGUUUCUUUGUUUUCUCUUUUCUUUUGCUCUGUGAUCGUUCUUAGCUCUUGUUGUUUGAGCAAUGUAUUCUCUUUCUCAGACAAUGAUGCAGUUUGAAUAGACGCUAGGAAGGUUUGAUUGGUUGAGGGGGAAAAGAAAGGAGAAAAAGAGGGAAACAGGAUAAGCUGAAGAGUCUGGUCGUUGCUUCAACGUGUGAAGACGCGGACUCUGGUUCACAAUUUGGUUUAUAGAAUCAUCUCAUUAAGGAUAGAAUGUUGAAUGUCUUCAGCUUUUGCAUCGGUUCGGGUACUUUGGUUGAUAGUCAGUCACAUUGCUUUUCCAAAUGAUUUCCUGCUAUGUUCUUUGUUCCCUUGGUUAUGUCCCGGUCUGUACUGCAGACUGCAGAUCUUUCUUUGGCAUUCAGAUAAAACUAGUAGUCAGCAAUUGCUUCUUUAGAGAAACAAUAUCAGAGAGACAAUUUGGGGGGUUCGGUUCUGUAGAAGGGUACAGAUUGUGCAAUUUGGAGGUAUAGUGUGUUCUUUUGUAUUCUCUUUUCAUUUCUCUGUAAAUGAUACGCAUCUGGUGUUCGGGAUUUCAGUAUACAGGAUUACAGGUAGCUCUCUGCCCGUCAUUAUAGGCUUGAUUCGUCUUUGGUUGAAAUUUGGCCUUGUUUUACAUUUGGUUACUGUGUAAAUUGAAUUCAUACGACCCCUUAAAGACAUUAUUAUCAUUUUGUCCUGGUGUUAUCUGCUGACUAACUGGAAAUCUACCACAUUCCACAAUCAUCAGAGGCUUUCCUGUUCACUAGUGUUGUCUGCAGGUCUGUUUAUAUAUGUAUUUAUAGAUCAUCAAAGUGAUAUAACCAAUGUAGAAAGCAAGAGAAUAUAUUGUUCUGGAAAAGCUAUUUCUGGAGGGUAGACGCCUCAAUUCUA